GCGAGAUAAGCAGCUAGCCUAUUAUCUAAUGAUGAUAAACACAGCGCUCUGUAACAGAUCUGAUAUAAACCUUAGUGAUCGAUUAGUCUGCUGCACUAUCUGCAGCUAUCCGUUAUUCAUCACUAGAAUAGUGCAUAUCCGGCCGCCCUUUGUUUUACCCAGCCAGAAGCGACCGCAGCUUUCCUUUUUCUUAUUCUGGUCCCUGGCUGUAAAACGAUUUUCCGCACCUGAAAAUGUCCUUGCUCGUUUAAGAGACAGUCAACCCGCCUGUCGAGUCGUGCACGAAGAACCGUUGUUGGUGCGCGCCCCACUCGUCUUUUUUUAUACGGUAGGCAGGAGGAAACAGCGGUUCACACGCACAACUCGGUGAGAUGCGCCAGAGAGCUCGCGGGAGGAGAGAGAAGAGGUUUGACAGCGGCGUCGCAUCUCUGUCUUUCGAGGUUUACGUCAGAGGAUUACAACUGUCAUUCUUCUCAUCCAGAAUCAACAAAAACUUAUGGUUCAAACAGGUUUCUGUUCUUUAAUUGCUGUGUAUCAGAUGAGGAGUUUCUGCUGCUCACGGUGAAUAAGCGCCUCCAUUCUAAUCACCACGGUCUCUUCUCUACAGGGUUGACCAGCAGAGAGAAGGGAUACUGUCUUGUACCUGGGAUCCCCCCCCAUUGUGACCAGUCCUGGCGUGGUCUAGUGUUCAGCCUCGGGGAGCUGUGGUUCUGAUGAGAGGAGGUAGAGGCAGAGAGGGGAGCACACAGGACCUGCUAUGACCAGCACAGCAGACGGUGUCGGGAGCAUGGGGAGUCUGGGCGCCGAGCAGCACCUCGCUGUCCAUGACCACGUGGUGAAUGACCACGGAGCUUGGGCCACCGCCAUGAACAACCUGGGCAUCGUACCCAUGGGCCUCAGUGGGCAGCAGCUGGUCUCAGACUCUAUUUGUAUCCAAGGCUUUGACCCAGGCCUCGGUCUCCUCGCUCCCAUCAACCCCAUGAUGCCUGGUAUCAGCUUGGUCCCUCCUCCUCCUCCUGGCCCGCCUGACCUGCCUGUCAUCAAGGAGAUCAUCCACUGCAAGAGCUGUACCUUGUUCCCCCAGAACCCCAACCUGCCCCCUCCUUCAACACGGGAGCGCCCCCCGGGGUGUAAGACGGUGUUUGUGGGGGGUCUGCCGGAGAACGCCAGCGAGGAGAUCAUCAGGGAGCUAUUCGAUCAGUGCGGCGAGGUCAUCGCCAUCAGGAAAAGCAAGAAGAACUUCUGUCAUAUCCGCUUCAGCGAGGAGUUCAUGGUGGACAAGGCCCUGUACCUAUCUGGCUACCGGAUGCGUAUCGGCUCCAGUACCGAUAAGAAGGACUCUGGCAGGAUUCACGUGGACUUCGCCCAGGCCAGGGACGACCUGUACGAGUGGGAAUGCAAACAGAGGCUGCUGGCCAGGGAAGAACGACACAGGCGAAAGAUCCACGAAGACUUCCUGCGGCCGCCCUCGCCGCCUCCCGUCAUGCACUUCUCAGAACACGAGGCGGGGCAACUGGCUGAGAAGCUGAAAGAUGACCAUCAAUUUAGCGAGGCGACUGCAGUCCUGUUCACGUGGAUUGAUCGUGGUGAGGUCAACCGGCGGUCGGCCAAUCACUUCUAUUCUAUGAUCCAGUCGGCCAAUAGCCACGUCCGGAGGCUGAUGAGUGAGAAGGCACAGCACGAGGAGGAGAUGGAGCUGGCGAAGGAGAAGUUUAAAAACGCUCUGCUAGCCAUUCUGAAUCAGUUCGAGCAGAUCACCGCUGUGUUCACCGCUGCCUGCAGGCAGAAGGCAUGGGACCAUUUCUCUAAAGCGCAGCGCAAGAACAUAGACAUUUGGAGAAAGCAGUGUGAGGAGCUGCGGAAUGCUCACAGUGAGGAGAUCAUGGGAAUUCGCCGGGAGGAGGAGAUGGAGAUGUCUGACGAGGACCUGGAUGAAAGCCCCUGUAAGAAGAUACGCACGGAGGACAACGGUGUGUGUGGCCAGUCUGGGGCCUCUCUGAGGGAGGAGAAUGACUCUCUACGCUGGCAGCUGGAAGCCUACAGGAACGAAGUGGAGCUGCUGAGGAAGGAGCAGGGCAAGGCCUGUCGCCCCGACGACCCUGAAAACUCCCUCGACACACACACACACCUGUUACAGCAGAGCAUGCACAAUAUGCAGCAGCAACUGUUGACUCUGCAGGAGCAGUUGAGGAGUAAGGAGGUGGAGCUAGAGCAGGCUAGAGACCAGCACAGAUACUUGGAGGGAGAGGUCCUGGCCCUGAGAGAUAAGAUGCUGAUUAAUGGGGAUGUGUUGGAAGGGACCAAUAAAGAGUCACCUGCUAAGGUAGUGAAUGGGUGUACAACCUCUCAGUACCACAGCAGAGACAGGAGGAGUGAAGCAGCCAUGAGAGGACCUGUCACUUCAGAGAGAGAAGCCCUGCUACUGGGCAUCAUCUCUACCUUCCUCCAUGUCCAUCCGUUUGGAGCCAACAUCGACUACCUGUGGUCAUACAUACAAAGACUGGACACCAAGGUGUCGGCGACGGAGCUGGAGUCUCUGAUGGGCCGUUUGCCCUGUGUCUUCAGGCAGGAACUGAGCGGCGUUGGAGCCACGCUGGAGAAACGCUGGAAGUUCUGUGGCUUCCAGAGCCUUGGCGCUGUGUGACACACACACACACACACACACACACACCAACACGCGCACGCGCACGCGCACACACGCACAGCCCAUGGAACAGGACACACACGCAUUGGAUGACCCACAACACACACGGCCAAAUGGACCAUGUAUGGGACAGGACCAGAUUUCCUGACCUGCCUUAAAGUCUGGUGGACACAUGAAGAAGGUCUGUGUGCGUGUGUGUGUGUGCGUGCGUGCGUGUGUGUGUGUGUGUGUGUGCGUGCGUGCGUGCGUGUGUGUGUGGGGGGGGUUCCAUAGACAUCCACUGGGCAUUGUUAUGAUAAUACUCAAACUCAGACACUGGAAAAACAAACCACCUUGAUCCCCUGAUGGAUCUUUCAGAUUGACCUGUUUGCGAAGGAUCUGCUGACUGAAGCAGUAGGAUCCUCGUGAGUCAUCAGACUAAGGUGUGGAAAUAAAUCCACUGAUGGCAGCCAGGGGUGUUCAUAGACCUGACAUUCUCUGCGAUUACAUAGUGACCCAGAACCCAGCCAAAAGAACCCAGCCAAAAGAACCCAGCCAACAGAACCUGAACAGACCUCUUAACAUCCCUCUCUGUCAUGGCCUGGACUGGUUUGGAGACACCAGGCUCUUGGAGCGGUUGUGUAAGUGGCCUGUCAUCAACUGACCCCACUAGGAUGGGCGGAAUCCAGGACUGCUGUGGAAACAUGGAGGGGAAUGAGGGGAGUUGAAUGAUCUGAUAAUUCUGUAACAGGCGAAGGGAUGAACAGAGGACCAAUGUAAGUCUGAAACCCACGUUAGCCCUCAUGUACUAUGGGGUGGUUUGCUGUAUUUUACCCAACAUACUGCAGCUUAAUCCAGACACUGUCUGUCUCUCUGUGUCUGUCUCUCUGUGUCUGUCUGUCUCAGUAGCCAACGAAGGACUGGUAGUUAUACUGUUGCUUUUAAGACAGUAGGCCAUUGGUUCAUCUGUGGACAUUUGUUUCCCCUCUGCUCUGGCACUGUGUCCAGUAUGUGCUGUGCAUUCUUUCACUGUUUAACUGGUGUCUUGCUCAUUUAAAUUGUUUUCUAAUGUAAUAAAAUGUUUUUAUUCAACAUUUUCAAUUCAAGGAGCUUUAUCGGCAUGGCAAGAAACUAUAUUCAUAUCAGCAAAACUGGUAACGCAAAGAAAAGGCUGUUAACAACAGAAGAUCCAAGCUUGUGCAUAGACCGAAACCCUGUACUGUGUUAAGGUCUUUUGAUUGUGAUCCAGAUUGUGAUGUUAUAUUGCGUGCUGGAUGAUGACAGAGGAUAGAAGACAGCUUUAACAUCGACUGCUGAGAGCUACCUGAUUGAGUAAAACGUUUUACUCCGACUGAGUUGUGUAGUUGUCCCACCUGGCUGUCUUCAGAUGAAUGUACUGACGGUGCAACUCUCUGGAUAAAGGAAUCUGCUAAAUUACUCACAUGUAAUGGAAAUGUACUAGAUGUUCUCCUCUCUUCUCCUCCCCCAGUACACCCCUAUUCUCUUGCUUCUGUCUUCUCCCCCGUUCACCCCCUCUACUUUAGGUUCUCCUCUCUUCUCCUCCCCCAGUACACCCCCUAUACUCUUGCUUCUCUCUUCUCCCCCGUUCACCCCCUCUACUUUAGGUUCCCCUCUCUCCUCCCCCUGUAUACCCCCUCUACUUUUACUUCACCUCUGUUCUCCUCCCAUGCACACCCCCUCUACUCUAGCUUCUCCUCUCUCCUCCUCCCCCUGUACACCCCCUUAACUCUAGGUCUUCUCCUCUUCCUGUACGCUCCAUCUUAGCUUCUCCCCUCCUCUAGUUUCACAUGGUAUGUUACUAUAGUCUGCGCUGGUAAAUCUUCACUGACAGCAUGACGCAAAGCGCCACUCAUGCACAAGAACACACAGGAAACACACCACAUUUCGGUUUGUGUGAUGCAACAGCAGGGUAAGCAGGCCAGUAUAUGUCAGGAUCCGGUCUUGUCUCUUCUGAGCUGACCCCUUUCUGAACUCUCAUGGUCCAAAGAAUUAUGGUCACCAUGGAGACAGCAGUACGAA